CCUGAACCGAGAUAUCCCCGCGUAGAAGCCACUGAACAUCUGCUGGUGGCAGCGCCGUGUCUACCAUCCCGCACCUCUGCGCCAAAGGUCACCUAUUGCUGUUGGACAACACGAAACAAUAGUGGAAUGCUUUGUUACGAGUAGUGACUGAAAAAAGUGAUAAUGGGAGCUGUUGUGUCACAGGAAUCAACCCAUAACUGCUUAGGCUCCCAUAUGGUUCCUACGAAGACAACCUCCUCAAACGUUCUCUUUCAACAUCAGGAUUGUAGCUGAAUCAUCACAGAGAAAACCCUCCAACAAACAGACAACCUCAUCAAAGUUUUGACUCAUCUCCGCCUCUUUUUGGCCUUCUAAGGAGCUGUUUUCUUCUGUUUGUUGCUCUUUUGCUAACAAUCCACCAUGCGUCCUUCCCUUGCCACAGCAGUCCUACCGCCAAGGACCCGUUCCCACAAUCCACCCAACCUUGCUGUUGGGGGCCGUGAACACCUGUCAGUGCCACGAAGGCGCAGUCCCCACCUCCGACAUACACUGAGUCCAGAAAACCUUCGAACUCUUGCAGAGAGGGGCGGAGCUGCAGUGGAUACCGUGUCUGUUGUCAGCAGCCCUAUUGGUUUACCACGGGCUAACAGUGACACGGAUCUGGUGACCUCUCAGAGCCGGUCGUCACUAACAGCAUCAACUUUGGAGUACACGCUGAACCGGGGCCAGAAUCUUGUCAUAUCCUGGGAUAUCAAGGAAGAAGUGGAUGCUACAGACUGGAUUGGGCUGUACCACAUUGAUGAAACCAGUCCGUCAAACGUGUGGGACUGUAAAAACAGAGGGGUGAAUGGGACCCAGAAGGGCCAGAUUGUUUGGAGGCUGGAGCCUGGGCCCUAUUUUAUGGAGCCUGAGACAAAGAUCUGCUUCAAAUACUACCACGGAGUGAGCGGAGCCUUAAGAGCCACGACGCCCUGCAUCACAGUGAAGAACCCCUCAGUUCUGGUGGAGGGGCUGGCAGAACAGGUUGGCACUGAACAUCCAAGAAAAUUGAUCAGCUUCACUUUAACAGAUCUGAGAGCCACCGGCCUGAAGAAGGGGAUGUUUUUCAAUCCUGAUCCAUACCUGAAGAUGUCCAUCCAUCCAGGGAAGAGGAGCGUCUUCCCCAUCUACAGCCACCACGGACAGGAACGACGAUCAGCCAUCAUUGCUAACACCACCAACCCCGUCUGGCAUGGAGAGAAAUACACAUUCGUAGCACUGAUGACAGACAUCCUGUACAUAGAGGUAAAGGACAAGUUUGCCAAAAGUCGACCAAUCAUCAAACGCUUUCUUGGCCAGCUGACUAUUCCUGUGCAGAGACUCAUUGAGAAGAUACCUGGAGUCCAGCCUGUAAGUUUCUCCCUGUGUCGGCGCUUGCCAACUGAACAUGUCAGCGGUCAGCUGCAAUUCAAAGUUGAGCUCACAUCGACCGGACCUGAUGGUGCCUCUCCUGAUUCAAUCAUCGGCAUGUCAUCUCUAAACGGCGCUCCAGGGACUCCAUCAGAUGAUGAGGACCUGCCCCAUCAUCUACCAGGAGUAAAUAUUGCAGCAGUGGUCUCUGCAGGUCCGUCUCCUACGGGCUCUCAAGGCUCACAGGGCAUGUGGGAAGGCGGGGCCACGGCCUGUCCAGAGAAAGAUCUGUCUUUUAUUGGCGCUGAUGCGAGAUUUGUGGACGCUGAAAGUUUGUCCGGCCAUGAGAUGCUUCAGAGGUCGCUCAUCGAAGGCCUGGAUGCUAUUGAGGCACCCAAAGGUCCUGGUGAAAGACCCCUAGGUGCUGCAUCACCUAAACUGCGCUCUAGCUUCCCCACGCACACCAGACUCAGUGCCAUGUUGCACAUCGAUUCAGACGAGGACGAGGAAAGGUCCGGGGCCAAUGACAUCACUCCAGUACCGCUGUCACCGCUGCUGAUGAAUGGAGAGCCUCCAGACAUCCCUGAUGAAGAAGAUCCAUUUCCUGAGAUUCAGCGGGAGCCCGAGCAGCUGGAGCCAGCAGUGCUACAGGAAGAGCCGGGGGGUGCAGGUGCUAUGACAGGUGAUUUACCCCCUGAAGCAGUGGGGGCUCUGGAGAUAGGGGCAGGUCUGGACUUAGAGGACGUUUUGGAGCCAGACGUCUUCUCUGAGGUGGAUGAGACUCCGUUUACAGAAGCUGUGUCCCAUAGUGCUUUACCAGAGGGUGGAGAAGUGCCUGAAGAGGGGAGGGGGCCUGCUGAAGACCCAUUAUCAGAGAUUGACACCUGUUCCAUGGCAACAGCCCAGCAGACUGUCGUCUCAUCGUCAGAGAGCUGUCCAAUCACACUGACGACGGCUGUGGAAGCAGAGGAGGGGGCAGAGACUGCCAUCGAUCCAGGGGGGGAUGCCGCCUCCAGUAUCCCACCGACCACUCAGGCUGUAGAUGACGAAGGCGGUGGGCAAGUCAGCAUCACUGAGGCUGGAGGAGAAGCUCCUCCCUCAAAUGAGCAAGACCAGCUGGAGGAGGCUGUUGUGAGGAGGCUGAGCAUGCAGGCUGCUGGGGGCGCGGUUGAAGAACAGGAAGGAGUGGAGACAAAGCCAAACGAGGAGGCGGGGUCUAUGGAUUCGGAGCAGGCCACAACGGAAACAGAUGGAGAGGAAGGUUCACAUGUCAACGGCCAUCCUGUACGUUCGCUUCCUUCUGUACGUCAUGACAUCCACCGAUACCAGCGUGUGGACGAACCUCUACCUCCCAACUGGGAGGCUCGCAUUGACAGCCAUGGCAGGAUCUUCUUUGUGGAUCACGUGAACAGAACUACCACAUGGCAGCGUCCCACCGGACCUCCUGCCCCACAGGGUCUGACCCGAUCCAACUCUAUUCAGCAGAUGGAGCAACUCAACCGCAGGUACCAGAGCAUCAGGAGGACGAUAACCAACAGUGAUCGGUCAGAAGACGCUCCGGCUGACCUGCUGCCUGAACCAGAAAGUGAACUGCUGCCUCAUUCCAUCUCUGAAUACAGACGAGAGAGUGCAGUCGCUCACUCUAGUGGUCGCUCGCGGCUCUCCCUGCUGCUUCAGUCACCCAGCGCCAAGUUCCUGUGCAGCCCUGACUUCUUCACCGUGCUGCAUUCAAACCCUAGUGCCUACCGCAUGUUUACGAGCAACACCUGCCUGAAGCACAUGGUCAGUAAGGUGCGUCGGGAUGCUCACUACUUCGAGCGCUACCAGCACAACCGCGACCUCGUCACCUUCCUCAACAUGUUCUCCAACAAGCAGCUGGAGCUUCCCCGGGGCUGGGAGAUGAAGCACGACCAUACUGGGAAGCCUUUCUUCGUGGAUCACAACUGUCGCUCUACGACCUUCAUCGACCCACGCCUGCCCCUCCAGAGCUCUCGCUCCACUGGGCUGCUGGCCCACCGCCAGCACCUGAGCCGCCAGCGCAGCCACAGUGCCGGGGAGGUCGUGGACGACUCUCGCCAACCCAACCCGCCCGUCAUGCCCCGCCCCUCCAGCACCUUUAGUGGCUCAAGAAGUCAGUACCAGGACGUGGUACCUGUGGCCUACAAUGAUAAGAUAGUGGCAUUUCUACGGCAACCCAACAUUGUCGAGAUCCUACAAGAACGACAACCUGAGCUGGCCAGGAACCACUCACUCAAGGAGAAGGUGCAGUUUAUUCGCAAUGAGGGAGUCAACGGGCUGGCUCGUCUCUCCAGCGACGCUGACCUCGUCAUGCUGCUGAGCUUAUUUGAGGAGGAGGUGAUGUCAUACGUGCCGCCAUUACUCCACCCCAGUUACUGCCUCUCCUCUUCCUCUCCUCAGAGCUCCCCUGGCACCCAGCGAGCAAACGCUCGUGCUCCUGCUCCCUAUAAACGAGACUUUGAGGCUAAACUGAGGAAUUUCUAUCGAAAGCUGGAGACCAAGGGUUAUGGACAGGGACCAGGAAAAGUCAAGCUCAUUAUACGCAGGGAUCAUCUCCUGGAGGACGCCUUUAACCAGAUCAUGUGUUACUCUCGUAAAGACCUGCAGAGGAGUAAACUCUACGUCAGCUUUGUGGGCGAGGACGGGCUGGACUACAGUGGACCCUCCAGAGAGUUUUUCUUCCUGGUCUCCAGAGAACUGUUCAACCCGUACUACGGCCUAUUUGAAUAUUCAGCCAAUGACACAUACACGGUCCAGAUCAGCCCCAUGUCUGCUUUUGUAGACAACCACCAUGAAUGGUUUCGUUUCAGUGGGCGUAUCCUGGGCCUGGCUCUCGUCCAUCAGUACCUGCUCGAUGCCUUUUUUACCCGACCCUUCUACAAGGGGCUCCUUCGCAUCCCAUGUGACCUGAGCGACCUGGAGUUCCUGGACGAGGAGUUCCACCAGAGCCUGCAGUGGAUGAAGGACAACGACAUCGAGGACAUGCUGGACCUUACCUUCACGGUCAACGAGGAGGUCUUUGGACAGAUCACAGAGAGAGAGCUGAAGCCAGGCGGGGCUGGUAUCCCCGUCUCAGAGAAGAACAAGAAGGAGUACAUCGAGCGCAUGGUGAAGUGGCGUAUAGAGAGAGGAGUGGCCCAGCAGACGGAGAGCCUAGUCAGAGGCUUCUACGAGGUGGUGGAUGUGCGCCUGGUGUCCGUCUUUGAUGCCAGGGAGUUGGAGCUGGUGAUUGCAGGCACUGCAGAGAUCGACCUGGCAGACUGGAGGAACAACACAGAGUACAGGGGAGGUUACCAUGACAACCACAUAGUGAUUCGCUGGUUCUGGGCAGCUGUGGAGAGGUUCAACAAUGAGCAGAGGCUGAGACUGCUGCAGUUUGUGACGGGCACCUCCAGUAUUCCCUACGAGGGGUUUGCCUCUUUACGGGGCAGUAAUGGACCCAGAAGAUUCUGUGUGGAGAAGUGGGGGAAAAUCACCUCUUUACCCAGGGCUCACACAUGCUUUAAUCGCUUGGACCUCCCACCUUACCCCUCCUUCUCCAUGCUCUACGAGAAGCUGGUCACCGCUGUGGAGGAGACGAGCACAUUUGGUUUGGAGUAACACCAAAUCAGCUUUCACACAGGUUUACCUUUGGAGACAGAACAAUCUGGAAAUCCACCGUUCUUGCUGAGGAGUGACCUGGAAAAUAAAAACUUAAAUCCUCAAAAGGCAACUAACCCCUUCUACGGAUAACUCUGCUGUGUUUUUAGACCGGCUUUUUGUCACUCAGCAUGCACGCUUCAAUUGAUUCUCUACCUUUCUCUCACAUAUCAAAGAGACGCAGAUGAUGUGAGCACGGCUUGGAAGAAAGGCAGAGAAUCAGAGGACGGUUGAAAAUCUCUGUAGUACAAUUUCUUGUUUUCAUGGUUACCUUUGUUCAUCAACCACAUGUGUGCUUUAUCUCUUCAGUUAAUGGCCUUGUUUACUGGAUUUCUAGCACCGCCCUCCUUCUCCUCCUCCAAACUGCACCUCAGAGACAGCUGCUUAAAAUCCACUAAGCUCCCUUCUCCCUCUCUGGACCUCUAAACUGUGUCCUCUCUGCACCGGGGCUGCAUCAUUAUGAACUAUAACACACUUAAACUGAUCACCUUUGCACAAAACACACACAAACAUGUUCUUUUCUUUAAUGAUGCAAACUGGUGUUUCCACUUAUAUUUUUUACUGGAAUGGAAAGAAAUGACAUUUAGAUGUGACUUUUAGAUUAUGGCUGGUCCUAUUUGCCUGAAAGUGUGAAAGGGGAUACACUAGUUUGCAAAAAUGCACACUCACAUAGAUAAACAUAAACAAAAUACAUACAACAGAGAUGUUUUAAGAGAGAAAAUACACUUUUUUCACAUUUUUGAUUCCCAAAAUAGUGGGGUAAUUGUACAAAAAUACCCAUCAGUAAUAUUUAUGGAUAGUGUUAUCAACCCAUUAUGAUAAUGACGGCAGGUUCAGGUCAGGACUGUUACACAACAUCAGAGCUCUUAAGACACAUCUUAUACACAGCCAUGUUUCUGCAUUGACUCAAUAGCCAGUGUCAUAUACUCAAACACAUACAUACAGUGUAGCAGCAUUAGCCUUGAUGCUGUGAUUGCACUUUCUUACAGUGCAAUUUCUCCACAGAAUACAAAUACAUUUAAACAAAAGUGCAGGGUUCCUGUCUUUCAAACAGUUCCUCACAUCCAUCCUGAGCAAUAGAGACAUUUUCUCACACUGACAGAUUACGUCCACUCAUAACUCUGACACGCAGCGUCCCUCUCGCUGAUCUAAUCGCCUCCCACCCCAUGAAAGUGAUGAAUGUACCAAAUAAGUGACUGAAUGUAUGAACCUGGAGCGACUAAGGAAGACCCUAAGAAGAGGAGAUUUGAAGUGGAGGGGUAGGAAUCAAAAGCGACACUGUUGCUUGAGGAAUGAGGACGCUCUUCAGUCGUGAUCAGGCCUUGUGAAAAUGCUGAAGGGACACAAGCCUGGUGUCUCCCAGGCUGCAAGUUUAAGGUGCAUUGGCGGGACCUUUUUUAGUGCCUCUUUCCUGACCAUGAAGUGAAAUUUCAAAUGGGAAGUUGUUUUAUGUCCUUGAAAAAGUUUGGCCAGAUACAUGUUUCUCACAAAUCAAAGAUGGUAUAACUUAAAGGUACAGUGUGUAAAGUUGGGAAUAUUAGCAUCAUCUAAUGUCCGGUUCAGACCAAAGAUUCACUACACAAUGAGACCAUUUGAAAACAUUGCUGUACAGCAACAACAGUUGCAGCUGUCUUUACCAAGCCAUCACAGCUUGAAUCAAGUGGUCUGAUGCUGUUGCCUGCAAUUCAGUUCAUCAAGUCACAGACAGCUAGUUGCAGGACAUUUCAUUGCAGAUAAAUGGGAAAUGGAAAUCUUUUUUUUGAAAGGCAUAAAUGCCAAAAAUUCAAAGUAGAGUAUUCACAUUUACACUGUGAAUUUUGUAAAUGAUUACAUUGGUCUUUUUUUAUUUUUACACCAAAACGAAGCCAUUAAGUCAAAUGAACUACUGGCAGUGCUCAGGGACAGGAUUGCUACAAAGCUACAAGAACUUUUCUGCAGCAGUGAAGUUUACCAACAGCACAGUGGCCUCCAUAGUUCUCAGUUGGAAGAAGUUUAGCACAACCAGUAUUCUUCCACAAGCUGGUCACAUGGCCAAACUGAGCAAUCAAGGGAGGCCUACUAAGCCUACUAAGAGGUAACCAAGAACUCAGUGGUCACUCUAGCGGUGCUCCAGAGAUGAUAACCAUCAUUGCAGGUCUCACUGAUCUGGGCUUGGCUUUUACAUGGGGUUUGUAUGCAAACUGAAACUUCAAACAGGCUUUCAUGUGUUUUGCACUGAGGAGAGACUAUCAUCUAACCUCUCCAUCAUAAAUCCCAGAUCACUGGAGGGCUGCAGUGAUGGUUGUCCUUCUGGAUCUUUGUCCCAACUCCACACAAGAUAACUGAAUAACUAAAACUAAAAUCUACAAUUCCAGAACUGUUAUAAUCUUGGAGACCAGCUCUUUGAAGACUCCUGGUUGUGGCAAAGUUCUUCCAUUUGAAAAUUAUGGAGGCCACUGUGCCUUUUGGGAACUUUCAGUGCAGCAUUAAUUUCAUCAUCAGCUGCAACAUAACAGCAUUGAAAAAGUGAAGGGCGUCUGGAUACUUUCUGAAUGUAAAUUAGGGUUGCGUUAGUACCACAUCUUUCCAGACCAAGUACAAAUACAUUUGUUUACUAACCAAUACUAACUACAAAUAUGAGUACUUUUCUUAAAUUAUUUUGAAAGAUUGUUUAAUUUUCAUCAGCUUUUCUUUAUCCCUCUUCUUGACAACUUAUCAGUGAAUAGUUUUUAUUCUUCUCUACUUGUGUCAUCCUCAUUUAAGUUAAAAUAUCACCAAACUGCAGACGUAGCUCCAAUUAUGACCACAAACUAACAUAACAAGAGGCUAACAUCAUGCUUUAAAAUGACAAAGAGUACAGUAUCUGCAAUGUUUAAUGAGUACUUAGGCAUAGUAUCUAACUCAUUAAAAUGGGCCCACUUUAAAUAUUGUGUCUUUUUUUUUUUUUUUUUUUUUUUUUUUUUUUACUAGGUUUGUUCCUCUAAAUGCUUUCAGGCUAAAUACUACACACUGUACCUUUAAGGGGCUGUUGUUAAAUUACUUAAGAGAUAUGAACAGCAGGGGGCAGUAAUGUGAUUUUUUUUACUACUAUGGCACAUUCAAAGCAGUGAACUGGGGACUUUCUCCUUCCUGAAUAGCCUGUCCAGGUAUUAAAUGUGAUGUUUUAUGGAACAAGAAGCAGCCUUUAGGGCUCAGUGGAUAAUCUACCUGAGAAAUUUUGGCAUACAAGUCCAUGCCAGACAAUAGAUUUGUCUUGAAAGCAUGUGAUAAAAAACAUUUCUCUAAUUGCACGACCCAAGCCCACACACACAAACACACACAAAUACACACACUAAUACACAUACUUGUUUUCUAUGGGGUGCAUGCAAGAUUACACCUACUGUACAGAGUCCUGUUGGAGUUAGACCACAGGGGCUGAGAUAGAGACAGAGAGCCUCUCAUGUGAUGCAGCAAGUGAAGGCAGACUUUCCUAUCCCAGCCCCCCCUCUCCCAGUCCAAUACUGCAUGCGGGAUCUCCUCUGUUAGCUCUGUGAGCUGUGCUGGGGCAGAAACCCCUAGAUGGCGUUGUGUACUAGCUCGA